AAUAUAUAGGAAGUGGGAGGGUUUGGCUUUAAACCGCAAGCAAAAAAUACUCUGCUCUUGAACUGCAAGUCUUAGGGCGUAAAGCAGGCAGCUGAAAUCCAUCGUAACUGUGUACAGGCAGCUUCUGUCCACCUAAUCAUUGUUAACGUGCGUGUUUUUCUUCUUUAAUAGCUCCCGAGAGAAACAUUAUGUUCAGCUGGGUUAGUAAAGACGCUCGUAGGAAAAAAGAGCCUGAACUGUUUCAGUCGGUAGCAAGUGGGCUUCGGAAGCUAUACAGUACCAAGCUGCUGCCCCUGGAGGAGUACUACAAGUUCCACGACUUUCAUUCGCCCGCUUUAGAAGAUGCAGACUUCGAUAACAAGCCCAUGGUACUUCUGGUCGGUCAAUACUCCACCGGUAAGACUACCUUCAUUCGUCACCUCUUGGAACAGGAUUUCCCAGGGAUGCGGAUUGGGCCCGAGCCCACCACCGAUUCCUUCAUAGCUGUCAUGCAUGGCGACGUGGAAGGCGUUAUACCGGGGAAUGCUCUCGUGGUGGACCCUAAUAAGCCUUUUAGGAAACUCAAUGCCUUUGGGAAUGCUUUUUUGAACAGGUUCAUGUGUGCCCAGAUGCCUAAUCCAGUCUUAGACAGCAUAAGUAUUAUUGAUACUCCAGGUAUUCUUUCAGGAGAGAAACAACGUAUCAGCAGAGGGUAUGACUUUGCUGCUGUAUUGGAGUGGUUUGCUGAAAGAGUUGAUCGCAUCAUUUUGCUUUUUGAUGCUCACAAGCUGGACAUUUCUGAUGAAUUUUCUGAUGUAAUCAAAGCUCUGAAGAACCAUGAAGACAAAAUUCGAGUCGUCCUGAACAAGGCUGACCAGAUCGAGACCCAGCAGUUGAUGCGAGUCUAUGGUGCACUUAUGUGGUCUUUAGGGAAAAUUAUCAACACUCCUGAAGUGGUGCGGGUCUAUAUUGGCUCCUUCUGGUCUCAGCCUCUCUUAAUUGCAGAAAAUAGGAAACUGUUUGAAGCAGAAGAAACUGAUUUGUUUAAAGAUAUCCAGAGUUUACCAAGAAAUGCUGCACUUAGAAAGCUCAAUGAUUUAAUCAAAAGAGCAAGGCUGGCUAAGGUUCAUGCAUACAUUAUUAGCUCGUUGAAGAAAGAGAUGCCAAAUGUUUUCGGGAAGGAUACUAAAAAGAAAGAACUCAUCAAUAAUCUGGGAGAAAUUUAUUUGAAAAUUGAACGUGAACAUCAGAUUUCACCUGGAGACUUCCCCAAUCUUAAAAGGAUGCAGGAGAUGCUACAGAAUCAAGACUUUACCAAAUUUCAGAGUGUCAAGCAGAAACUUCUGGAUACAGUGGAUGACAUGCUGGCCAAUGACAUUGCCCGACUUAUGAUUAUGGUGAGGCAAGAAGAGUCUCAGAUGCCUAAUCAAGUGGUUAAAGGAGGAGCCUUCGAGGGCACCAUGAAUGGCCCGUUUGGGCAUGGGUAUGGUGAAGGAGCGGGCGAGGGCAUUGAUGAGAUUGAGUGGGUAGUUGCUAAAGACAAACCUACCUACGAUGAGAUUUUUUUCACACUUUCCCCAGUUAAUGGCAAAAUUACAGGUGCAAGUGCUAAGAAAGAAAUGGUGAAGUCUAAGUUACCAAAUGUUGUCCUAGGAAAGAUCUGGAAACUGGCAGAUGUGGACAAAGAUGGCAUGUUGGAUGAUGAAGAGUUUGCAUUAGCCAAUCAUUUGAUUAAGGUCAAGUUGGAAGGUCACGAGUUGCCAGCAGAUCUGCCAGCACAUCUAAUACCACCAUCUAAGAGAGGACUAGAGUAACUGUUAACAGAAUAUAGAGUAGAGUGACCAGAGUGGUCAUGCACUGCUUUCAGCAUUUUCUCAAAAGUUCAGAUUUGAUUUUCAUAGUUGGCAAAACUGAAUUUUGUAUCAACCAGACUUAAAAGAAAUAUGUACCUUUACAUUGUCUCCCUCUCUUUCUCUGAACUUGUGAAGCCUGAGGACUUGAGACUGGGAUAAUUGUGUUGAAAUAUUAAAACUCUUACAUGAUUCAUAAGUACAAUCUCACUUAUCUCCAGAAUGUAAUUUUAAAUGUUAACUGAAUUUGCAGUAUUCAUUUUAGUAGUGAUUGCCAGUUUUUACCAACAUUUCUAGGCAAUGUAUACAUGGGAAAGGAUGGUAUCGCCUUCAACUUAGUUCAGACAGAGAACUAGAUCAUAAGUUAGGCAAAAUAAAAAAAACACAUGCUGCAUUCCUUACUGUCUUUGAUUAGGAAAAUUGUGAAGUAGAUCGUGCACAUUUGUUCCCUGAGUUGAGAAUCAACAGGAUUCAUAAGUGGUUAGUUUGAGUGCGGCACUGAAAUGUUUGGCUGUGAAUUGCCCAUUUUGAAUCAGAAAUGUGUUAAAUGUUAGGAUGUGCUUGUGGAUAUUGGGCACUGCAUCGUUUCAGUGAUCUUUUUAUCUAGAAGUGGAUAGUCUUUUUUUCUUGACUUACCACCACUUGAAUUGUUGCAUGUUAUUUCAUAUGGUCUUUGUUAGUGUGGCUGCAUAUUCUGUGUGUGUGUGUCUCACUGUUGAGCAUCCAUUGCUACAUUAUGAAUUACUGGUGUCAUUGUAAAGGCUUUUGCAUAAUGUACUUUCCUGAACAAGGAGGUAAUGUAUUUCUGUGUCUGAUAGGACAAUGAACUUUAACCUUUCCUUAUUAUAUGAAAAUGAGCUUACAAAUAUAUGUUGAGUAAGGCAUCUGUAAUACAAUGGAGAACACAUGAAAGACUACAGAUGCCCAAGAUAAGUGUGAGCCUGUGUGCUGGCUCAUUUCAUGUGUUACAAGCACAGGUUGUUGGGUUAUUUUCCAGAGAGGAUUUAGAGACAGCCACUCCUUAAACACAGCUUUUUGUCAUCCAGAGGGUAUUUGCAUGCCUGUAGUAUGUGCCAUACACUGCAGAAUAUAAAAUAAAAUAAUGCCAACCAUUAAGAAUAAUGCAUGGGCAUGCACACUACAUAAAAGAUGUAAUGAAACACUUGUCAGUGUAUCUGAUAAUAGUUGCUCUUUAAAAUCCAUGUUACUGGCUUGAUUGAAUAAAAAAAAGCAUGUGCAGUGUGUGGAGACCUGAAGUAGGUGCUUCAGGCAAUGCAGCCUGUUUAGUAUUAAGAUGCUGCUGCUGUGCAUUUGUGAUGAACUGCGAAAUGGCUGCAAGCCAAGUAUGUAAAAAAAAGUUUGUCCCAUAGUGAUAUUCAGCCCUUCUGGUCCUCACAACUUCCCACUUUUGUGAACACCUGCAUAUUUUCUAACUGCACUCUAUUAAUGCUCUCCGUAUCCAGAAGUUGACUUGGGGAAGGGGGACAUACUUUGCUUCCUAUAAUGAAGGGAGCAGCUAUACCAUUGACUUGUUCAAUUCUGCUGCUAGCACUGCUUAUUACAGUUUAGAAUAAUAGCUGAUAUCUGCAUUUUAGAAUUUGGACAGAGCUGAUGGCUGCAGUACUCCUUCAGAGGCUCAGUGUGGUGAGGAAGUUGCAUUAAAAUGUUUCUUAUCCACUGUAUAGUCUGCUUAGCUGCACCUGCUAGUCCCACUUAUGGGCACUUACAUGCAAGCAUAUUUUAAGAAGGUGCUUAAGAUAAUCUGGUAUGGCUUGCUGGUACCAUCAGAUGUGGGAGCUGAACAGAAGCCUUGCUUGCUUUCAGGCUACUCCUGUAUCAGUAGCUCAGUACAGAUGGAACAGGGGCAGGAGUUCAACCCUCACGAUUUGUUGUAUACCAAGAGAUACUGUGAAAAAUACUCUGUCUAGAUAUGUAGACAUUUUCUCAGUGAUCCUGUGCAUGUUUCCAACUACUGAUUGCUCAUUAAACACUUUUGAGUUUUGUGGUGUUUUGGGGGUGGAAAUACCCAGUCAGUUUUUUCAUACUAAACACUCAAAUUUGAGAAUAAACUUGCAUGUGUUUUUUGCUAGCUGGUUUAAGGUGUGCGUCAGUGCAGGUAUAUUGCUCUAGUAAUAUACAAAUUAGGCAUAUGUAUGUACUUGAACAUAGAGUGAACCUCUGUCUUUAGAAAGAGAUAUAUGAGCACUGUGUGUUUACUGCAUAGAAAUGUGAAUUUGACAGUUAAGUGAAUACUGCAUCUUAAAGUUCUGUCUUUAGUGAAUACUCAGAUGAUACAUUACACAUUAUUCAUGUAAUAAAAGAAAAUUUCAGUGGAUUAGUCUUAA